UGGGGCCUCUCAGUGUGACAUUAAUUGAGGUCGAUUACGGUGUCAUACGGUACUCUAGUGGUAUUUAAACGAAAUGCUUGUUUAUAAUGUUAUUGUGAGAAGUGUCAGCCGGCGAGAUGACGUUUUGGACAAUUCUGUUCAUCGCACUGUCAUGUUUCCACAUUGUCUUCGCAUCCAAAACCGGCCCUCAUCAGAGCCUCGAGCAAUCGUUCCUCGACAAACUCCACAAGCCAUGGCUGCGACCUGACCUCCCAUCUGAUCAUCCAAGGAAGGGAGAACACAUUUGUAAAGGGAAACUGUGUAAAACUAAGCCGAAUCAAGCGUGUGAUGGAUGCCAACACGCAGUACCUUUAGACUUCAAAGACUGGGAUGAAAUAAAUUAUUAGACCAA